UUACUUCAAAAUGUUGUAGCCACUACAGUACUGUGGACAAAACCAGCCCCAAGUUGGACCCAAACGGAUUCAAAUGACAUCAGAACAGUUGAUAUUCAAGUGUUGAAGGGCAGCACCCACAUACAUCUCAGUUGGAAUUACACUUUGUCAGAAGGUUCAGAUCUGAAGAUAACAACUUUUUCCAUCAAUGAUGGCAGCAGCUGGAAUGACAUUGGAGUUAUAUACCAUGCUGACAAUGACAUUGUGAUAUAUAGCAAAAAUAAUUACAGGACGCGAUUUAAUAUCAGCGAUAGUAAUGUGACCACCCUGAUAUUAAAAAAAGUGACUGAGGAUGAACGAGCAACUUUCCAAUGCAAGCUCUCCACGCUAAGUAACUCUUGGACCUACAGUAUUCUCGUGAAUUUUACAAGUAAGUGUCAGUUUGGUGAUAUCCAUCUUAUUACAUCCGACGCAUUGUGUAAAACUCCAGUCUUAAAUCACUCUCGUUACUUUUUAUUGUUUAAUUUAUCAACCAACCCCAACUGUGUCUCUUUGAUAAAAAUGUCUGGUUUUGGUAUCCGUACUUCCCCUCUGUAUUCAAUAUGUCCUAAGAUAUACUACUACCAUGACCAAACUUUCAAACCCAGUGUCGAGCUUUGGAAGGAUUUGCUAUUUUUGAUCUUCAGUCAAGACCCUUUAUAGUUACAGUAGCUGGUAGCCCCACCAAAAUGUUAUGGGGUCGAAGGUUACCCGGAGUGAUCAGCAAGCUACAGUUAUAGCACGCGUAGCUGUUCGCAUGUCUGAGAAAGUUAACAGAAAAAGCGCCCAAUUUUUCUUAAAAUGACCCCAAGUGCCCCAAAACUAUGCAAAACAGCAUAACCCAAAAACCAGCUUUAAAACAUUCUUAUAACCACGCCGGUAAGGCAAUGGUCCUUGUAUUAUCUCCUUAGAGUCAAAGAGUCUCAAUUGGGAGUGUAUAUCACAUUAAAAGCAGAACCAUGUGCAAUUUCCGCUUUGAAGGUGCAAUAGUCUGACGUAUGGGAAGAAUGGCGGUUUAAAUUGAUUUAGAAUUGACGAUUUUGGCUUAUUUUUUUGCCAGAGCGACAUCUGAAUUGGGUGGAGCGACCGUUAUCUGUUGUUGCUGUUGAACGUCACAACCUCACCCUUCGGUGGACCUAUAUGAAGACACUUGGCCUAGCGUCGUCAUUUCGAGAAGCAGAAUUUACUGAUCUUAGCAGCGGGGAAAAAACCAUUGCAGAGAAAGUGUUAAAUACUGCACCAAUCGUACAUACAGCUUAUAGACCUCGAUUUCAUGUGGAUUGUAUACAAGAUACUAUGGCGUCUAUAACAAUUGUUGGACUGAAAAGAUCAGACAGAGGAAGAUAUAGAUUUGAUGUUAAAACCCUCAGGGAGGACAUCAACGAACUGAACACGCUCUCCAGUAUCCUGGAACUCACAGUGCAUUGUAAGUAAACAAACAAAAGCUGUGUUUGGUCAUGUAAAAUGUGGCCUAUAUCUCUAAGACCAAGGUGUUUUUUUACUCAGUAUAAUGCGUAUCAUAACCAACGUAAGUUGCAACUUCAUUGGGAUGGAUCGUCAUUAUUGUGAUUGUGAUUAUCGUUAUCCUUUUUGCUUCAUCAUUAUCGUAAAGGUCAUCGACAUCAUUAUCGUUACUUUCAAUUCUUUUCUGCAUUCAUUUUUUCGUUGUCGUCGUUGCUCAAUUCGUUUUCUUCCUCCUGCAGAAAGUGACAACGUUUACAUUUUGGGCGAUACUUGUCGCUGUUAAUUUAGGAUCAUUGUAUAUAUACAAAGCUUUUGCCAGACAGCGUGUUAUAUAACUUUCUCGUAUGGUGUUCUUUUAUUUUUGUGUUAAAUAAGCGCGGUCGCAACUAGUAAAGCAAUGUGUGGAUUUGACUUUAACAAUAGUUUACUCGUUCUCUCUCUACUUUUUCUAACUAGUAAAAUGUGAUUUAUUUUCAGAUGCGGCGAACAUGACCAAUGUUAGCGACCACCAAACUGUGCAAGAAGGAUCUUAUCUUCAACUGUUAUGUCAAGCAUUUGGCAAUUCAACCCCAAACAUAACGUGGACCAAAGUGCUUGAAAAUAGUAACCAUUGUAAAGUGCUGCAUCAUGGAACCCAUUGGAAUUUAACAAAAAUUAACAGAACUGCUUCUGGUUUAUACAACUGUACAGCUGACAAUGGAAUUGGAAAUCCAGUGUGGCGGCUGAUAAAAGUCAAUGUUACCUGUAGGUGUAUCAUACCUUGUCACCGCUUUGAUUGGCAUUGAGAAUUUUAAUUCCCAUUAUUUUUCCAUCUCCCAAAACGACUGGUAAACCAAAAAAUGCCUCGGUUGACGUUCAAGAAGUAUGAGUGAUAAAUAUCUUUAAUAAGGUACUUCAAAAAAACCUCUUGACCGGGUGAAAGCAUUUGUAAAAAGUACUCUUGUCGGCGUCAAGGACUGACGUUUCGACGACAUAUACAGAAACUGAAAAGUUGCUUGUCAAAGAUAGGUGAAAGGGUUAUGGUAAAUGUUCGGCCCGUUUUACUGUGAUCUUGUUUACUACAAAAGUUAAUCAGCGUCAGCAAUUCAUCCUAACAGCAGACGCUAGCUGAAGUGGAUUAUUUUUACUCUUCUCUGCUUGUUUUUGUUACUUAGAUUCUGCUAAGGUUGUUAAACUUGCUCGCGAACAUCACGUUUCAGUACAAGGAAGUGUGCGUCUUCACUGCGAAGCCGAAGGAAAUCCUCCGCCUGCUUACACGUGGUUCCCUUGUGAUUCACAGACCCAAGUAUGUCAUGAGAGCACACUUACUGUUUCCAACGCUCUUAACUACGCCGUGUACUCUUGCAAUGUGGCAAAUGUUUUGGGCAAUGAUACAAGAGAGACCAAAGUUGUUAAGUUUUAAUUAAGCGAUGCUAACUUAGAGUUAUGAGGAAUUUUUACAUAGCUUCCUUUAUGAAAAUUUAAUAACAACUUCGCAGAUCUCCUUUGGUAUAACAAACGAUCACUGAAUGCAACUUAUUCCUAAAUGUAUUUAAACCUGAUCAUCACCUGCAAAUAAUUAUAUAUAUUCAAGGAAAGUUUAAUCAUACUCGGCCAAGCACUGGAAUAGCUAAUAUUAUGAAAUGAUUAAGAUUUCACGGGGUCAUAAUCAGUCAUAUCUUUCUAUGUGGAAACCCAUAAGUCAUCAUGCUAGCCAUACCAUGCUGACGAGGCUCAGCAAUACUGAAAUAGCUGACAUAGUUGUUAACUCGGUGUCUUAAUUUUCCCGCUUAUUUUCUUUGAAAAAGACCUCACUUGACUUCCAUUGUUGCCGCUGUGUCGCCUCCAGUAGCAUAACACAGCUUUAAACUAAUGUUGCUUGUUUGUUUUAUCAAAUAGUUAUAGCAGGCAAUGUGAUAAAUGUGACACUUUUCAUCAGUGAACAGUGUCCUGAUGAAAAUUUAUCUGAAUCCGUGUUGUGGAAGAACCUCGAACAAAAGGUAACUAUUAGGCAUGUGACACCACCACACACGUAAAUAGAUACCUUUAUUCAGCAGAACGGUGAUGAUGUACAUACGGGGUUCGCACUGUAUAAUUUUGCUAUCGUUUCUUGUAGAUCGAAGACCUAUUUAAAAAUGAAGGAUACAGGAGCACAGAAUUAACAAAUUACAGGUAUGUAGGCGAAAUGAAUUAUUACCUGGGUAAUCUGUCCUUUUUAUGUAUUUAGAAAGAUGUUGCUGUGGACUUACUGUGACUCAGGCAAAAACAUGAUGUAUUACAAUAGCUGGAAUUCCUACCCUACUCUUUUUUAGAAAUGUCUGCAGGUUAUUUUUCAGUCCUCUGUUGAACUUAUUACAUUGAGGAUGCACGAGAAAGGGGCCUAAGGUUUGCAGCCAGUUACUCUGAGAUACUAGAAAGUCUUAGGAUUUACAGCUGUUCUUAUAAGUAGACCUGUUUUUAAAUUCUUGUUUUUGUUCUGACCCUCCAAGGUGUGGUAGUGUGAUUGUUGAUUUGGCCUUGAAGUUCAAUUCCUCUGUUAAAGAAGAGAAGGUGCUUUCAAUGCUAAAAGAUUCUUCAGAGAAUGGAGGGCUGAAAGAGUUGGGUGUAAAAGCUUCAGAAAUAGUAGGUUGGCGACCC